AGCCACACCUCAGGUGUGACAAGCAGCUACAAUUCAAUCUGUCUGUUUAGCUUCGCAUUUCACACCCAUGCACACGACAGUGAGUUUGCUUGUAUUAGCAUGUGGGGCUUUUGCUUUGGCUGGCGCUCAGUCCACCAAAAAGGCGCCGCCACUGCCCUCGAUAUGCGUCGUCUGCAGGUGUACGACGGCGUCCAACGGACAAGUCAGCGUCCACUGCUCAAACACGGAUGCGGUCAUCGAGAUGACGCGUGACGAGGUCUGGCCAACUCAUCUAAGGUCGAUUUCGCUAAACCACGCUCAGCUGCAAGAACUCCCGGAACUGCCAAAGCAAAAGCUACACACUUUGUCUCUCGCGCACAACGCUUUGGUUGACAUACCUGACCGAGCCUUUGUCAAUUUUGACCUUCAGGAAUUGAACCUGGGCUACAACGGCCUGGCCGAACUUCGAGAACGCACUUUGCAGGGUGCCAAGGACCUGCGAGUUUUGAAAGUGCAUCACAAUAAUUUAAAAGAAUUCGACUGGAGCGCGGUCAGCCACAUGACGCAACUAUCAGAAAUUCACCUGCAGGACAACCACCUCAGCAACCUGACCGGCGCUCCUCUUGAGCUCCACGAAUUGAAGGUGUUGAACCUGAGCGGCAACUCUCUGACUGAAUUUCCAACCGACACGUGCAGCAACUUGGUCCGUUUGGAGGAGCUCGACCUAACCAACAACCAACUGGCCACCGUUCCCGAGUGUCUUCAAUCUUAUUUAGGCGCCCUGCAGUACCUAAUUCUUGACGGAAAUAAAAUCGCCCGAGUGGAAGGCUCUGCGUUCACUGGUCUUGCUACCCUGACCACCCUUAGCAUCAGCAACCUGCCCCAGUUGAAACAGGUUGAUAGCGCGGCGCUCAAAGGUGUCACUGAUUUAAAACAGUUUCGGUGCGCCGGAAACAAGCAACUAGGCAAGCUAGACAAAUCGCUCUUUUUCAUGGGCGAAGACAAGCUGCAGCAGGACUGGAGUAUUCAAACGAUUGAUCUAAGCAACAAUGGUUUUAAGCACAUUCCUAGCGACUUGGUGCCGUGGACAAUGGUUGAUUUUGUUGACCUGCAAGACAACCCUUGGGACUGCAACUGUGAAGCUCAGUGGAUGCUGGAUAUGUUGAUGCCAAUAUUGUACAAAAAAAAUUCGUCCAUGCUCGUAAAUUUCAGGUGUGCGUCCCCUGCUCACCUUGCUUCUCGGCGCAUUGUGCAUUGGUUGGAUCACAAAGGGAAGCCUUUUUGCGAAGACGCUCCGCACCCUGAGACGCAAGUGGCCGUUUUACAGUCCGGUUCCUCUCAGGGCAUGCUAAUCGCCCUGGCGGUGAUUGCCUGCGCAGCCCUUGUCCUGCUAGUGGUCGGAUUCAUUUUGCAAAGACGCUACGAUCAAAAGCGGAGAGAAUUGGCCACCAGGAUGGGAAGGUGCCGCAGACCGAGAAACGGCGAUGUCAGACUCACAAAUCCAAAGUUUGGAAUUUAACGCGCGACAAACUGCGAAAAUGUGCGCAAACACACCAGUCUGGUCAUUUUUUUGCUUCGUAAAUUGUGAUGAAAAAAACUUUUUGUUCAUUAAAAUAUGCUUAAGGCCAAGUUUAGUGCGUU